AUGAUUGAGUUCCGUAACCACCUCCACCCCAUGGCCUUUGCUUGCCAACUUUGGGGCAUGACAGAGGUUGGAGUAACCUUCCAAACUCGCUACGGUCAGUAUGGUGAUCCUGGUAGUAUUGGUACUCGGCUCUCGGGAUACGAGGUGCGGUUGGUUGAUGACGAUGGCUCUCUUGUGCAAGAUGAUGAACAGAAAGGCGAGCUACAACUCCGGGGUCCCGGGCUACUUCUGGCCUACAAAGGCCGGAAUGAUGCGAAAGAUCCCCAGGGCUGGUUCCACACUGGAGAUAUUGCCUAUAAAAGGAAUGGCUUUUAUACCAUCGUUGGCCGAAGCAAGGAGCUCAUCAAGGUUCGAGGAUGGCAAGUCGCUCCAGCUGAGAUCGAAGCGGUUCUUCUGCAACACCCUGGGAUCAGCGAUGCCGCAGUGACAGGCAUAAACUUAAAAGAUCGCAGCAGUGAAGUGCCUCGUGCUUUUAUUGUGCGAUCGCGAGACCCAUCUGUUGGUCGACUGUCAGCUGAAGAGAUCUACAACUUUACUAGGCAGCGUCUAGCAAGCUACAAGGCGCUGGACGGUGGUAUCAUUUUUGUCGAAGAUAUCCCACGCACGCCUAGUGGAAAGAUCCAGCGUUAUAAGUUGUCUCAGAUGAACGUCUAUCGUGAUAUGAUUGCAUCCCUCAUAUCACGUUUACCAGGGGGUGGUGGCUCCACGCCUCGCCCGCUACCUUCCAGUGCUGAUAUGCCACAAGUUGGCAUGGUCCCCGAGGGACCUGUUGCUGUCUAG